GGGGACGGUAAUUGCCUGUUCAGAGCUCUUGGUGAUCAGUUGGAGGGACACUCACGAAAUCAUCUCCAGCACCGACAAGAGACCGUAGACUACAUGAUCAAGCAGCGGGAAGAUUUUGAACCCUUUGUAGAAGAUGACAUUCCCUUUGAGAAGCAUGUGGCCAGUUUGGCAAAGCCUGGUACAUUUGCUGGCAAUGAUGCAAUUGUAGCCUUUGCAAGAAAUCAUCAAUUGAAUGUGGUGAUUCAUCAACUUAAUGCCCCUUUGUGGCAGAUUCGUGGUACAGAUAAAAGCAGCGUGCGGGAGUUACACAUCGCCUAUCGGUACGGCGAACACUAUGACAGCGUUCGGAGGAUCAAUGACAACUCGGAAGCUCCUGCUCAUCUCCAGACUGAUGUGAGUGAGGCCGCCGGGUUCUGUAUUCUCAGCUCAGAAGGAACCAGGUUGAGGGAUUUUAAUUUGAUAGUCCAGAACCUGGAAGCUGAAAAUUAUAAUAUUGAAUCUGCAAUAAUUGCCAUGCUUCAGAUGAACCAGGGGAAAAGAAAUAAUGCAGAGGAGAACCUCGAGUCCAGUGGCCGAGUGCUGAAGCAGAGUGGUCCUUUAUGGGAGGAGGGUGGCAGUGGCUCCAGGAUCUUUGGAAAUCAGGGCUUAAAUGAAGGCAGGACUGAAAACACUAAGGCGCAGGCCAGCCCUAGUGAAGAAAACAAAGCAAAUAAAAACCACCUCCCAAAGGUCACAAACAAGCAGCGCCGAGAGCAGCAGCGCCUGGAGAAGAAGAAGCGGCAGGAGGAGCGGCACCGUCUCAAAGCCCUGGAGAGCAGGAGCAGCCACGGGGACAAGAGCGAAGCGGAGGCCAGUGAGCAGGUCACCCUGGUGAAGACCUUUGCUGCUCUCAACAUCUGACGCCACUGCCUGCGGGAGUCGUAAGAAGCGAGUGGAAGUGGCGUGCUGUGCCCCGGCAUCCCAGGAGGCGGGCCUUCGGACCACCCACAGAACCCACCCAGGAGCGCACCCUCGGAGUUAGUGUCCUCAGGCCGCCUCUUUUUCUGUCAACGUUUUGUUAGUGAUGUGUUUUAUUUUAUGAAAGUUCAGUGAAGCCACUCAUGUUCUGUGAUUAAAAGGUUGAGUUUUAGGGUGGAGAGUAGAUCAGGGAAAACCUUUUAGGUAUGGUUUGAUUUGUUCUGAAAACAAAAGAGUUCUGUGACCCUGGGAUCUUCCCUUAACCUUUGGGGUGAGUUUUACUGAAAUUGUUCAUGAAGUGGUUUAGAUUAAUUGUUAGAAAUGCAGAAUGACAAGUUCCCUUUGAUUCUCUUUCAUUUUCAAACAGAUAUGUAAAUAUACAGGAUAGUGUGUAAAUGAUCUGCAACUCAGGAACGUGUUUAGGUUUAUUUUUCUUUUAAUCCAAGUUAAUCAGAAAAUACUUCAGGAAGUGUUCUCCCAAAGUGAUGUGAGGGAGGGUGUGGCCUGCAGUCCGGGGGGAGUAAAUUGCCUCUCUCCUUCCCGACCUGAUGUCAUUUCAGACGUGACGCAGGUGCUGCUAGUUCCUUUACACUCAAGCCAUACGAUACAUGCGCCUGACUGUUAAUUAAGCCUGGGCUUUGCUGCAAAAUCGAUAGUGUUGUUGAGCUUUCGGUACUUGUUUUUGGAAGAUGGGAAGAUAAUACAGUUCUGGGAUUCUGACAGUAUGGAGAGUUGUAAAGGGAGAAAUUGAGGGGCCUUUGAGUGUUUGCCUGGGAAGAGUCUAAAAGAGUUAUUUGACUUGUAGGAGAGAAUGCUGGAAGAAUAUCUAAGGUUUUUCACCUUCACAUUGUAAAUAACUCUUUCCUUCCCCACUUUUCUAGACUUAGCUGCCUUCAGAAAAAUAAAAGGUAACUUGGCCUGUUGCUAAGUUUUUUAGUUUUGUGAAAAUGGAAUCCCAUAAAA